UGGGAUAGCAAUGGCUGCCGUCUUGCUUGUUGUAAACACAUACGUCGUGUUUUCGAAAUCCGCGUUUUGAAUCAUAUUCAGUGACAGACGCAGGUCCUUCGUUUCCUGGACCACUUUUCCUCCAUUACCUGAAUUUAAAUCUUUGUUUUGUCCGGAUAUUUUCUGUAUUUCAGACCCGGAGGACCAGGCGACAGUUCCCCCCGGUUAGCAGCCGGCCUCGGCUCAGCUAACGCUAGCUGCUCCCUGAGAUUAUGGAUGACGAUGUGUCUAUCCAUAGGCUGGAAGGGACUGAUCCAACUGCUCAAGUUGGUGGUCUUAUAGUAAAGAAGAAGAGUGCUGCAGCAGAGCCCCACGUUUUUCGGGCACCCACCCCACGCACCUCUUUGCUGGGCUUGGAUCUGCUGGCAGCCCAGAAACGGAAGGAGCGUGAAAGCAAGGAACAGGCAGAUGCAAGUGAAGACAAAAAUAGAAAGAAGUCAAAGGUUUCCUCCUACAAGGACUGGGAGGAAGGUAAAAGUGACUCUGGGUCUGAUGAAGAAGAUGAUGAUAAGAACAGAAGUGCUAAGAAGGAGAGCAGGAAGUAUCGUGUGACUGGCUCUGAGACACCCUCAAACCCCGGAGGGGUCAGUGAAGAGUUCAAACAAAGACACCAGCAGAGAGAGAAAGACAAACGUGAGCAUGGAGUCUACGCCUCCUCCAAAGAAGACAAGAACAGAGAAAGAGACAGAGAAAGGAGCAGAGAUAAGGGCAGAGACAGAAGGAGUGAAAGAGAUGAGCGAGAGGGUGGCCAUAGUCGUGGAAGCAGCAGUAGCCGGUCAGAGCGCAGUGAGCGCUCGCAGAGAGAUGGCUGGUCCGAUCGCAUCAGCCGGGGAAGUAAAAGAGAUGAACCUCUGACACCACAGCAUCGUCCAAGAGAUGGUGUCACACCCUCACGCUCAAACUGGGAAGAGGAUGACAGUGGUUAUGCCAGUUCAAGGCAUUCCCAGUGGGAAUCUCCAUCCCCAGCCCCAUCUAACAGAGAGUCUGAUCGCUCAGAGCGAAGUCAUCGUUCUGGCCGAGAAAGUGAGAGGAGGGACAGGUCUGUCAGAGGACGUUACCCUGAUGACACACCCCUGCCUACCCCAUCCUAUAAGUACAACGAGUGGGCCAAUGACAGAAAGCAUUUGGGUUCUACACCUCGAUUAUCACAAGGAAAAGGUAGGAAAGAAGAUGGUGAAGGAGGAUUUAUGUUUGAUAAUGAGGGUGAGAAAGAACAGUGGGAGGACGACCAGAAGCAAGCUGACAGAGAUUGGUACAUGAUGGAUGAAGGCUAUGAUGAGUUCCACAACCCUUUCACUUCCACAUCUGAAGAAUAUGUGAAGAAAAGAGAACAGAUCCUUCAGAAGCAGACACAGAAAAGAAUAUCUGCCCAGAAGCGACAGAUCAAUGAGGAUAAUGAGCGGUGGGAGACCAACCGUAUGCUGACCAGUGGUGUGGUGCAAAGGUUGGAGGUGGAUGAAGACUUUGAGGAAGACAAUGCUGCUAAGGUUCACCUGCUGGUUCACAAUCUAGUCCCUCCUUUCCUGGAUGGAAGAAUAGUCUUCACAAAACAGCCAGAGCCUGUCAUUCCUGUGAAAGAUGCUACCUCUGACAUGGCCAUUAUCUCUCGAAAAGGCAGCCAGCUCGUCCGCAAACACCGUGAGCAGAAGGAACGCAAGAAGGCACAGCACAAACACUGGGAACUGGCGGGCACCAAGUUGGGAGAUAUCAUGGGGAUCAAGAAGAAAGAGGAUGAAGAUGGAGGCAAAGCAGUAGGCGAAGAUGGCAAAGUUGACUAUAGAGCAGAGCAGAAAUUUGCAGACCACAUGAAAGAUAAGACAGAGGCCAGCAGUGACUUUGCGAAAAAGAAGACUCUUCUGGAGCAGAGACAAUACCUUCCUAUCUUUGCUGUCAGACAGCAACUUCUUAACAUCAUUAGGGACAACAGCAUAGUGAUUGUUGUUGGGGAAACAGGCAGCGGGAAGACUACUCAGCUGACCCAGUACCUGCAUGAGGAUGGAUACACAAGCUACGGCAUGGUGGGAUGUACUCAGCCCAGGAGAGUGGCAGCAAUGAGUGUGGCCAAGAGAGUCAGCGAGGAGAUCGGCACCAACCUGGGAGAAGAGGUGGGCUAUGCAAUCCGCUUUGAGGACUGUACAUCAGAGAAAACUCUGAUAAAGUACAUGACGGACGGUAUCCUGCUCAGAGAGUCACUGAGGGAGUCCGACCUGGACCACUACAGCGCUGUUAUCAUGGACGAGGCUCAUGAGCGCUCCCUGAAUACUGAUGUACUGUUUGGUUUGUUACGUGAGGUUGUAUCUCGACGUACUGAUUUGAAACUCAUAGUUACUUCUGCAACUAUGGACUCAGACAAGUUUGCAGCAUUUUUUGGGAAUGUACCAAUAUUUCAUAUCCCAGGAAGAACGUUUCCAGUAGACAUCUUGUUUAGCAAGACUCCUCAGGAGGACUAUGUGGAGGCAGCAGUGAAACAGGCGCUGCAGAUCCACCUCAGUGGGUUGGUGGGAGACAUUCUUAUUUUUAUGCCUGGACAGGAGGAUAUUGAGGUGACCUCAGAUCAGAUCGUGGAGCGGUUAGAGGACUUGGAGAACGCUCCGCCUCUUGCUGUGCUUCCCAUUUACUCCCAGCUGCCGUCUGACCUCCAGGCCAAGAUCUUCCAGAAGGCUCCAGAUGGUGUGAGGAAAUGUAUUGUUGCAACAAACAUUGCUGAGACUUCCCUCACUGUGGAUGGAAUUAUGUUUGUGGUGGAUUCAGGAUACUGCAAACUUAAGGUUUUCAAUCCACGUAUUGGAAUGGAUGCACUACAGGUUUAUCCCAUCAGCCAGGCUAAUGCCAACCAGCGUUCAGGCAGAGCAGGACGUACAGGACCAGGACAGUGUUACAGGCUUUAUACUCAGAGUGCUUAUAAGAAUGAGAUGCUGACCACCACCAUACCAGAGAUCCAGAGGACCAACCUGGCAAACGUUGUCCUGCUGUUGAAGUCUCUGGGCGUUCAGGAUUUGCUUCUCUUCCACUUCAUGGAUCCACCACCGGAGGACAACAUGCUCAACUCCAUGUACCAGCUCUGGAUCUUGGGGGCUCUGGACAACACAGGCUCUUUGACACCAACGGGUCGUCUGAUGGUGGAGUUUCCCCUCGACCCUGCCCUCUCCAAGAUGCUUAUUGUGUCCUGCGACAUGGGCUGCAGUGCUGACAUCCUCAUCAUCGUCUCCAUGUUGUCUGUGCCGGCCAUCUUCUACAGACCAAAAGGUCGUGAGGAGGAGAGUGACCAGGUGAGGGAGAAGUUCUCAGUCCCAGAGAGCGACCACCUCACUUACCUGAAUGUGUACAUGCAGUGGAAGAACAACAAUUACUCCAGCAUCUGGUGCAAUGACCACUUCAUCCACACCAAGGCCAUGCGCAAGGUGCGUGAGGUGCGCUCUCAGUUAAAGGACAUCAUGGUGCAGCAGAGGAUGAACCUGGUUUCCUGUGGCUCAGACUGGGACAUAAUCAGGAAGUGCAUAUGUGCUGCUUACUUCCACCAGGCUGCCAAGCUGAAGGGCAUUGGUGAAUAUGUGAACGUGAGGACAGGCAUGCCCUGCCACCUCCAUCCCACCAGCUCUCUGUUUGGUAUGGGCUACACCCCCGAUUACAUCAUCUACCACGAGCUUGUCAUGACCACCAAGGAGUACAUGCAGUGUGUCACUGCAGUAGAUGGAGAGUGGCUGGCAGAAAUGGGGCCCAUGUUUUACAGUAUCAAACAUGCAGGGAGAAGCAGACAGGAGAACCGUCGUCGGGCCAAGGAGGAGAUCACCAACAUGGAGGAGGAGAUGUCCCUGGCUGAGGAGCAGCUGAAAGCGCGCCGAGAGGAGCAGGAUAAGAAGAGCAACACCGGCAGCGUUAAGGCGGUGAAAAUCUGCACACCGGGAAGAAAAGAGCAGACCCCCAUGACACCCAGACGCACCCCCGCCCGCUUUGGACUGUAACAUUCCUCCAGGACGUUAAAUCGCACCAACCACUUCAGCUCCUGAGAACUCGACAUCAUCCACACUUGGACGACACCAGCAUGAAGAAACACUUUGCUUCCAGCAGCUGUCCGUCCCUCCUAGCAUGGCCAUAACCACCUGCAGUUCAUAUACUGACCACUAGAGUGAGAACUUGUAUAAGGCACAAGACCCACAGAUGAGUCUCUCUCCACCUCCGUCAUUCAGCUGUUACCAUGAUACAAUCGUAGGAAGGCUGAAUAGUUUUUAUAUGUGAACAUGGCUCAGAAGAGUUUUUACAAAUAUCUCUUUCAUGAUUUUAGCUGAAGUGGAAACAUUUUGUUUUCUAGAUUGGGUUUGUUUUCCAUCCUGACCGUAUCAUCAGUGAUAAACAGUGAUCAUGUAGUUUCAAAUUUACCUGUUGUUUUAGUGUGUGUGACAUGAAGUGCUCCUCAAUGAGACUGAAGCACUAUUCAAACUGCACGAGUGUCUUCACACACUGGAUCUAUAUUCAAAUACGCACACAUCACACUCAUGCAUGUUUAGGCAGUUGACCUUUUUCUACUUUCAGCUCUGACAUCGUGACGUGACACAGUUUUGCUUCAUACGAAAGCUCUGCACGCCGGAUUAAACACAUCAGCUGUUUUAUUUUCAUGUCCCUCAUGUUCAAGGCGGUUUUCUUUGUGCUUUUCCUCUGAAUGGUUGUUUGUCAUCAUCUUUUAAAUGUGUGUUUUUGUUGCUUGCCCUCCUCUGAUGUCUCAGCUGAUCACAAACAGGAAACUGUUUAGUGGAGGCCAUGUGUGUUUUUUUCUUCUACAUGGACUCUGACAGCUGCAGGACAUCCAAUGGAUUUUUUUUUUGAACAUUGUUUGUAAAUGAAACAAAUUAAAAUAAAUGUUAGUUUUU